UUUCUUUUUUACGUUCAUAAUGCGCGCAGUUAUACAUAUAUUAUGUGCGCGCGGAAAUUCGGAGCAUUAGAUACAUAUAUGUUAUUGCAUUGUAACCUGUGGAUAUUUGGCGUUGCAGAAUUUGGAGAAGAAGAUCGUAAUCCAUCGCUGGCACAUUUUCUAGGAUGAUCAUGGAAAAUUCCGGUGAAUGUUUUAUGGAUGCAUGCGCUCUUUUCUGUUUGUAACAUUUCGGAAUUUUAGGGGUUGUUCCAUGACUUAAGAGCUCGAGCGACAUAGAUUUUGUUGAAUUCUCGAAAUAAGGAGCUCUGAUCGCGCCUCUUGAUUUUUAUCGGCAUUUCGUUGAAAUCAUUUUAGAAGCAAGAAUAGUUGCAAGCAAAUUGAUUGAAUUUUGAGGAAGAAAUAGUGUAAACUUGGUGAAAAUGCGGAGAUCGAGGGUGGUCCAUGAAGGAUGGAUGGUGAGGUAUGGACGCAGGAAGAUUGGGAGAUCAUAUAUUCACAUGCGAUAUUUUGUGCUUGAGUCUCGAUUUUUGGCCUAUUACAAGAAGAAGCCCCAAGAUGGCGUGGUACCAGUGAAGACUCUUCUUAUAGAUGGCAACUGUAGAGUGGAGGACCAAGGAGUAAAGACUCAUCAUGGUCAUAUGGUUUACGUUCUGUCUGUUUACAACAAGAAAGAUAGUUCCAAUCGGAUGACGAUGGCAGCUUACAGCAUUCAGGAGGCUCUCAGUUGGAAAGAAAAACUUGAAUCUAUUAUUGAUCAGCAGCAAGGGGCACAUUCUACUCAUGGUAACAAGUACUAUUCUUUUGAGUAUAGAUAUGGCUUGGAUAAUGGGAGAAAUGCUUCAUCAUCAGACCGUGAUGCUGCAGAAGAUGAUGAUGAUGAUUGUCGCCCAGAUUCUCCACACAGAACGAUAGGAAAUGGUCCCCCUGAAUCUGUUUUAGACUGGACAGAUGAACUGGAUUCAAAUUUACCCAAUCAGAAUUAUAACAGUCAGGCAUUUUCUAGAAAACACUGGCGCCUCCUUCAGUGCCAAAAUGGGCUUCGAAUUUUUGAGGAGCUUCUUGAAGUUGAUCUUCUUCCAAAGAGCUGCAGCAAAGCAAUGAAAGCUGUUGGGAUAGUUGAGGCCACUUGUGAAGAAACAUUUGAGCUGAUAAUGAGAAUGGAUGCUACGCGAUGCGAGUGGGAUUGCAGUUUUCAGUAUGGUAGCUUGGUUGAAGAAGUAGAUGGACAUACUGCUAUUCUAUACCAAAGGCUUCAGUUGGACUGGUUUUCAAUAUUUGUAUGGCCUCGUGACCUCUGCUAUGUACGCUAUUGGCGUCGAAAUGAUGAUGGGACUUAUGUUGUAUUGUUUCGCUCUAGGGAGCAUGAAAGUUGUGGUCGACAACCAGGAUAUGUGCGGGCUCAUAUUGAGAGUGGAGGCUUUAAUAUAUCACGUCUAAAGCCUCGUGGUGGCAGGCCUAGAACAAAGGUCCAGCAUCUUAUGCAAAUUGAUCUUAGAGGCUGGGGAGCCGGUUAUUUUUCAUCAUUUCAGCAUCACUGUCUCUUUCAGAUGUUAAAUAGUGUCGCUGGAUUACGAGAAUAUUUUUCUCAAACGGAUGAAAGGGCAAUAGCUCCUAGGAUGCCAGUUAUGGUUAACAUGACAUCAGCUUCCGAUUCUUCAAAGAGAUGUAAAAGAUUCCAGUCAACUUCCUUUUGCCUCCCCAAUUCUUCAAACAGGAUGAUGGAUGAAUACUCAGAUGAUGAUGAAGAUUUUCAGUUUGCUGAUGAAGAGGUUUCUGCGCCUGAUGACAAAAAAAAUGAAGCCUCUGAAGAAGAACCUGAACAAGACAUGACCUUUUACUUUGGUAACCUUCGCCGCAAUGAUCAGGAUAAUGCCCGCGACUGCUGGACAUUAUCUGAUGGGAACAACUUCAGAGUACGCGGUAAGAAUUUCUGCAGCGACAAAUCAAAGACUGCUGGUGGUAAGCCACUUAUGGAUCUUGUUGCCGCGGACUGGUUCAAAAGUACAAAACGGAUAGAUCAUGUCGCCCAACGCCUUGGGUGUGCAGCACAAGUUGCAGCAGAUGGAGGACAUUUCUCUAUUGCUCUUAAUCUCCAAAUACCUGGAUCCACACACUACAGCAUGGUUUUUUACUUUGUAACUAAGAAGUUAGUACCAGGAUCUCUCUUGCAACGGUUUGUUGAUGGGGAUGAUGAAUUCCGCAAUAGUCGACUGAAGCUUAUUCCAUCAGUAUCAAAGGGCUCUUGGAUUGUGCGUCAGAGUGUUGGCAGCACUCCUUGUUUACUAGGAAAAUCAGUUGAUUGCACCUACAUCCGCGGCCCCAGUUACUUGGAAAUCGAUGUUGAUAUCGGUUCCUCCACUGUGGCAAAUGGAGUUCUGGGGCUUGUGAUUGGUGUUAUUACAACGUUAGUUGUAGACAUGGCAUUUAUUGUACAGGCUAACACGCCGGAGGAGUUACCGGAGCGAUUAAUCGGCGCCGUCCGAAUUUCUCAUCUAGAAUUGUCAUCGGCAAGAGAGCUCAGAGAGGAAGAUGAUUUUUGAUUCAAAUCAAGUUAGAAUGACCCAAUUUCAGUUCUCAACUACAGGCGGCAAUAUUAUCUUGGGAUAUUAUUUUACUGGCACCUGCUAUUUUUGUUAAAUGCUUGCUGCACUUAUUCACAGUGCAUUUUCCCAUCGAUCACAUUGUCAUUAUUCGUUUAUUAAUUUUUUAAUUUUUUUACGACUGUAAAUAGAAGUAUAGAACUGGUUUUGAUUCUUGGUGUAUUUUGUUGAUGAAGAUGUAGUCUGUCGUUGAUACAACUUUAUUGUGAAAAAUCAUACUCUGGGAAUAAUAUAUCUUAUCUUUUCUUGUA